AUGGAGCUGAAUCACAGUGUGAAUGAGUUCAUUUUAUUUGGGUUAACACAGGAUAUUCUAAAGGAGAAAAUAGUGUUUGUGGUCUUCUUGUUUCUCUAUCUUGCAACUCUGUUGGCAAACUCACUCAUUUUGAUAACCAUUCGGUUCAGCCGGACACUGGGGAGUCCCAUGUACUUCUUCCUUUUCUACUUAUCCUUGGCUGAUUCCUGCUUUUCAACAAGCACAGCCCCCAGAUUGAUUAUCAAUGCUAUAGCUGGGAACAAAGUCAUCUCUUACAAGGAAUGCAUGACACAGAUCUUUGUUGUUCACUUUUUUGGCUGCAUGGCAACCUUGGUUCUCAUCCUCAUGGCCUUUGAUYGYUAUGUGGCCAUUUGUAAGCCYCUGYGAUACACAAUCAUCAUGAAYCAACAGGUCUGUGGUGCAUUGGUGAUUCUGGCCUGGGUUGGUUCUUGUAUUCAUUCUUCAGCACAGAUUUUCCUGGCUUUGAAGUUACCCUUUUUGAGGAAAUCCGGCCUUCAUGUCAGUCUCCAGAGAGGAACCGAGUUCUGCAAACAGGCACACACAGGCUUUGGAAUAGACCUUGUCCAGCUGAAUCUUAAGAUGAGAGAGACCACAGCACUGUUUGAAUCUUGGUUAUACUGUCAUGAAAGACCCCUGACAGAUCCAGAAAAGUCAUCAAGUGCUUCUAGGGCCAUCGCACCUUGA